AUGAGCCCCAUCCCCACCUCGCCCACGCUCGCCGCCGCCGCCGCCCCGAAGGCCGAGACCAAGCGACCAGCACCCAUCAAGCUCAACGACGCCACGCGCCAGAAGUGCUUCGAGAUGCUCGCCGAAGCUCUCGAGCAGUCGGAAUCGGAUGCGGACUACUUCGAGCUGGCGCUCGACAUCGAGGCGGAGAUGUUUAAGCUCUUUGGAGAGACCAACCCCAACUACAAGGCCAAGUUCCGCCAGCUCUUCAUGAACCUCAAGAACGUCAAGAACCACGACCUCCGGCUUGGCGUUCUCAACGGCCACAUCUCCCCCGAGCGCCUGUGCCAGAUGACAUCCCAGGAGUUGGCGAGCAAGGAGCUGCAGGAGCAGAGGAAGGCGCUGGAGGAGGCCUGCCUGAAGGAGGCCAUCCGCGGCGGCCAGAAGCAAGCGACGACCAACAUGUUCCGCUGCCACAAGUGCAAGAAGCGGGAGUGCACCUACUACCAGCUCCAGACGCGCUCCGCUGACGAACCCAUGACCACCUUCGUCCAGUGCACCAACUGCAACAACCGUUGGCGCUUCUAA